GUGCGGAUCAUGCUCGCGAAGCCCGGGCGCCUCACACGGCAGGACACGCUCGACGUCCUGCAGCGGCCCGCGGACAAGGUGUCGCGGUACCCCAUGUUUCGGCCGCUCACAGGGCCGCACAACGUUCUCGAGGAGAUGCGCGUCGAGCUGGAACCUGUGUGGAAAUUUACGGCGCGUUCGUCCUGAAUCGCCGCGUAUCUAGACCUCCACGCCAUCGCCGCGACGCCUGCUCAAUACGUGGCGGUGUCGGUUCCUCACAACUCGACUCAGCCAGCACGGGCACGACGACAAACUGGUUGAUUUGAUUUCCACACAGGCUGGAACGGGUGCACGCGUGGCGCCACCCGCCGCGCAAGGAGCGGUCGAAGCGCAAGCGCGCGGCGCGCGUCAUUCAGGCGCGGUGGCGCGGGACCCCGCUGAAGCCCGAGGUGGACCGCGACGCGCUCGAGGCGAUCUUCACGGAGUUCUGCCGGGUCUACCGCAUGGCCGACAUGAACAACACGAUCUGGGCCAAGCUCUGUAGGGAGACGAAGGGGCUGCUGGACGACAAGUUCACGCGCGACUCGGGCAUCGACAUGAUCUGGACGCGCUGCGCGAAGACGAACAAGACCGUCGGCUUCCCCGUCUUCGAGGCCAUGCUGCGCGAGGUCGCGGCCCUGAAGGGCAUGGAUCUGUUUCAGCUCGAGUCGUUGGUCGUCGAAAACGCGAAAGUGAAGCAGUCCGGCACCAAAGCCCAGAACGUCAAGUUCUACGAGGUGCCCAAGCCGAAGACGACGAAGGGCGACCAGAUCGACCUCGCGUCGAUGACGAACACGGGGCGAUAAGACCAAGAUAGCUAC